AUGUACCCUAGAGAGAUUCUGAGAGCCCUGGCAGUGACAGUUGGUCAUUCAGCUUCACGAGAUAAAGAACACAGCACCAGGAAGAGGCACAGGUCUCUGAGCGACCCAAUUCUAAUUGCAACUGCCAAAAAACACCCUGAUGCAGAUUCUUUGUAUGUAGAAGAAGUAGAUGUUGGAGAAGUAGCCCCAAGAACAGUUGUCAGUGGCCUGGUGAAUCAUGUUCCUCUUGAACAGAUGCAAAAUCGGAUGGUGGUUUUACGUUGUAAUCUGAAACCUGUAAAGAUGAGGGGAGUAUUGUCUCAAGCAGUGGUCAUGUGUGCUAGUUCACCAGAGAAAGUUGAAAUCUUGGCACCUCCAAAUGGGUCUGUUCCUGGAGACAGAAUUACUUUUGCAGCUUUCCCAGGAAUGCCUGACAAGGAGCUGAACCCUAAGAAAAAGAUUUGGGAGCAGAUCCAGCCUGAUCUUCACACUAAUGAUGAGUGUGUGGCUACAUACAAAGGAGUUCCCUUUGAGGUGAAAGGGAAGGGAGUGCUCAAACCAUGA